CGUUCGGGCUGUGCGUUGUUUGUACGCUGGUGGCUAAAAGUCAGCUAAUGUGUUAGAGUUGGUGGCGUUGGGCAUUUUUAAGUGUCGGGUUUUUACGUUGUUGGUUUACUUUUUAAGCGGUGUUAACCCACUGAAAGAAACACCCUCUAAUAGCUUAAUUUUCGUCGCUAUUUGUAGUAGAAGAUUAUUUAGCCAUCUGGCUAGGAGGCUAACAGGGACCACAAUGGAGGGCAGCGCCAGCGUGAGGAAAGCACUGUCCGGGACUCUCGUCCCUUUGGCGGUCUCAGCAGUGGCUCUUCAACAGCAACCAGAGGAUGUGGAGAAGGGAACGCUGAAGAGAAAAGUCCUGGAUGAGGAGGAGUACAUUGAGAGCUUAGAGAAAAUUAUCCAGAGGGACUUUUUCCCAGAUGUGACAAAGCUGCAGGCACAGAGGGAAUAUCUUGAAGCAGAGGAAAAUGGAGACCUGGAGAGGAUGAGAGAAAUUUCCAUCCGAUACGGAUCUUCGUUGACAAAAUCUACACCGCAAUCUUCUGCACCAUAUGUGACGCCUGCUAGCUUUGAAACACCAGUGGGCCGGUCGGGAUCCCCUGCUUCCACUUAUUCUGCUAAAGCUGUAGAUGGAGAGAAGAGGGCUGACGACACAGAAGAACAAAAUCUGCCCAGCCUGGACCGCUUCCUCGCUAAGAAUACCAGUGAGGAUAAUGCAUCCUUUGAACAGAUAAUGGAUCUGGCAAAAGACAAGGAGAAACUGAAGCAUGCCUGGUUGUAUGAGGCUGAGGCUGAAUUCAAACAGCGUCAUGAGCAGAACCUUGCCUUACCAUCAGUAGAGAAGGCAGCACUCGAAUGCACCAAAGCUGGACUGGAGACCUGGGAGUACAAAGCCAAGAAUGCCUUGAUGUAUUAUCCAGAGGGUGUUAAAGAUGAUGAUGCCAUCUUCAAGAAACCAAGGGAGGUGGUUCACAAGAACACCCGCUUUGUUGGAGACCCAUUCAGCAAAGCUCUCAACAAGAGCCAGAUUCAACAGGCAGCAGCUCUCAAUGCACAGUUUAAACAGGGUAAAGUAGGUCCUGAUGGGAAAGAGCUUAUCCCACAUGAAUCCCCAUCAAUGAAUGGAUAUGGUUAUGUAAAAACUCCUUCACCUGCACCUGGUGUAGCCGAGUCACCUCUGAUGACCUGGGGUGAGAUCGAGAGCACACCAUUUCGUCUGGAUGGAUCAGACACCCCGUAUGUUGAGAGGAAUCAUGGACCUUCUUUUAAGAUCCCAGAACCAGGGAGACGAGAAAGGCUUGGUUUAAAGAUGGCCAACGAGGCUGCCGCUAAGAACCGUGCAAAGAAACAGGAAGCGUUACGAAAAGUCACAGAGAACCUUGCAAGCCUGACGCCUAAAGGUCUGAGCCCGGCCCUCUCGCCUGCCCUGCAGAGGCUCGUAAAUCGGACUUCCAGCAAAUACACAGACAAAGCACUGCGAGCAAGUUACACCCCAUCACCCUCACACAGACUCGCUGCAUGCAAGUCUCCCUUCGGGGGCCCGGCGACUCCUUCGGGAACGCCAACGCCGAACAAAGCAAAGACUCCAAUUUCUCAGGACGUCACGUCGCUCACAGACAAUCUGCUGCAGCUUCCCAAAAGACGGAAAGCAUCGGACUUUUUCUAAGAGCAGCGCCUCUCUGCUUGGAUUGUACAAAAAAAACGACUUAAUAUAUACAUUAAAGAGCACAUCAUUUUGCUGGAGGACUGGAAAAAGAAAUAAAUGGUGGAGUAGAGACUAUAAAAACUUUGUGCACUAAAAUGCAACAAAGGUCAUUGUAGGUCCAAGAGAAAUAAUUUGAAUGUCUGAAUUCUAUUUUUUUUUUAUUGUCUUUAUCUCGCAUGCAAGGGUU